UAUUUUCUAGAUUUGAGGCCAUGUCGAUUACUGAGUAAAACCAAUAGCUAAAAAGAAUAAGUUUAAACUGUGCGCCGAAAAAUUGUACAUAAUAAUAUGAAGUCUUUAUUAUAAAAAAAAAAAAUACACCAGCUAUAUCAAUAAUUCAACUUGGGUACCCUGCAAAAUAUAUUAGAUUUUAUUAGAGUUUUGGUCGCCCAUACGAAAUACGCAAGUAAGUCACUUCAAAACAGUCUGUCAACCUUAUCGAAUUGACUUCGGUCGUAAAAUAUAUUGUUCAAAUUUCAAUAGUAUACAAUUUACGUGACUACUUACACCGUCAUACAAUGAAGUCCACUGGCUUGCGACUUUUACCCGUGCUGCUAGUUAGUUCUUUGAACGUCGUUUCGGGUCAUCAAUGUUAUAAUUUGCCACCUGUGCCUAAUUUCGAUCCGGCACAAUUUUUAGGAACAUGGUACGCUCUUCAUUCGACGGAACCACAACAUCGGUGCGUAGUGUAUGAUUUAUACACACUGAAACUCAAAAACACUCGAAUUCGCGAAAACAGAGACUGUCCAGGUUGCAUGCACUGUGAAGGUUGUGUAGACUGUAAAGAUUGUGUAGCCAGUAAGAAUUGCAAGAGGAGUACGAAAUGUUUAGAGUGUAUAGAUUGUAUAAGUUGUACGGGUUGUCUACGUUGUACAGAUUGUAUAGGUCUGAUAAAUGGUGUAGAUGUAACCGGAUACAGACCACCGGGUUACGACCGUGAAGCUAAAUACAGUUUUACAGGGAAAGUGGAAGCCGAUCCAAGUUUACCGUCACAAUCGACCGUUUCUGUCACUUCUCCCAUGCCUAAUGUUGAUGGGGAAAUGAAUUGGGUUGUGUUCGCCACUGACUAUGUGACCCAUGCGGGUAUAUACGCGUGCCAAAAAACGUCGGAAGGCUACAAUCAUUCUAUAACCGUUUUGUCCAGAUCAGAGGUCCUGGAGGAAACCGUGCUACACGAUUUGAGCACAUUUGUAGUUGAACAUAUGGUUCACAGUACAGCAGAUGAUCUGCAAUUCGUUAAAAUUGACCAUGAGAACUGUGACCAUCCUUAUGAGAAAUUCGAUGUGAAUAGAAAUAUUCAGAAUGUUAUUGAUCGAAAUGAGAAAGUUUACAUUUCCAUCAAUUUUAUGGCAGACAAAGAUACCACACCAUUUGGAUGCGUUAAAAUUAGUUAAAUACUAAUCAAUUCUUAAGUUUUAUAGCAUGACCAAGUACAACUAACCCGUUACUGUUAUAAUGUUUAUUGUAAUCUGUUAAACAUUUUACCAUAAUACAAUUUACCAUUGUUCAUAAAUAUUAUUAAAUUCAUAAUCAGUGAUAAUAUACCUUAUAUUUUUUAAUAGAACUAAAAACAUGUUAAAUUCUUAGGUAUAUUUGGUUUGGUUAAGGGCCUUAGCUCAGUUUAAAUACAUUUC